ACAGCCCUUAGCAACGAGGAUUAAAUAAUGGUGAAAAUAUUAUUUUAGCUGCAUUUAAUUGUGCAAAAGAACUAGUUAGUAAUUUGAAUAUAUUACCUUCAUUAAAGAAAUGCAAUGCUUGUGAACUUAAUGGUUUAAGUAGAAAUAUAUUUGAUAGUAUUAGAUUCAACAUUAAUUCGGAUACUUAUUCGGCAACGGAUGCAGAUUCUUCAUCAGAUUCUGAAUCUGAUUAUGAUGAUGAAACAAUGGAAAGUAAUGAAUUUAAUAGUGAUCUAAUCAAUGUAAAUGAAGAAGAUAAAGAUACGGCAACGACACAAAGUGUUGAUGAAAUUAAAACUGAGAAAAUAAAUUUUACUGGUAUGCGUAUAUUUGAUUCGAUCAAUCCAGCAAUGAAAAACUCCUAUUUUCAAGUGCAAAUAAAUAACAAGACUAAAUUUAUACACAAGCAAACGGCUUGUUGGUUAUUAACUGACAAAGCUAGCCGUUUAUCGGCUGAUAGAUUAUCACGAGUGAUAGAAACAAAAAAAAAAGGAUUAAAAUUCUUCAUCAGAUUGAUUUGGAUAGAUAAAGCAUUUCUUAUAAAAAUAAAACACUUCAUUCAAAAAGAUUCAGUUAUUAACUAUUACGUUUACUAAGACCAAACAAGCUUGAAUUUUUUCCAGAACAUUGAAAAAAAACAAUAAAUAGUUCACCUUUCUGCUAAAAUGAAAUCGUCGAAAACAAGACAAUUUCAUUGGUUUCUUAUGAGUUUUCAUGCACUAAAUGUAUUUCAAAACUUUCAAAAGAAUUCAUGAGACUUCAUGAGACUUCAUGAGAUUUCAAGAGACUUCAAAGACUUCAGAGACUUUAUGAGACUUUAUGAUAAUUCAUAAGACUUCAAAAGACUUCAAGAGACUUCAGAAGACUUACAAGACUUCAUGAGACUUCACGGCUGAAGUCUCUGCUGGUUCCCCCUUGGUCCAACCUUCGUCAGUAAUUAUAGUGUCUUGAUUAUGUUCAUGUGUACCAUCAGUAGUCGUUUGCAAGCGUUUGCUAGGGAUGCUAGCUUAGAAUCAGCAUUACAUUAUAAUAGUUUGAAAAAUAAUACUUUAUUUCUUAUUAUUUUCAAAGGCACAAAACGAUUUAU